AUGAAAUAUAAAGAAACCACAACUACAACCUUAGACAUACAACCGCAACCACAAACUCCAACUACGCCACAAAUACAACCACUCCCCGAAAUCUUAAAAGACAACGAAGAUGUAAUAAUGGAAGUAGUAAAGACACCUGUAGCGGAGUCACAAACCCCUGCUACAAUUGCAACACUAGCGAUAGAAGAGACAACAACAAAGGAACUGGUGCGAGUUCAGCCGGCAGCGAGAGAAAACGUAAACGUGUACACUUCUCGCUUUGAUGAUGAACAUAUCUGGGCGAAUAUAUCACGUAGCACUGAACGUUUGGAUUUGGAAUGGGCUAAAAUGCCACCAUUACCUAAACUAACACCCAGCACAAGUAGCAAAACAAAAUGUCACUGUCAACUCUAUAAAAAUAACAAAAAUUUAUCAUUUAAUAACAAAAACACUAAUAACAAAACCACCAUACCACAACCCUUAAAACCAACAACGACAACAGAUUGUCAUCUGUUUCAUCAUAGACAUAAUCUCACUUUAGAUUUAAAGCACCCCUGUACGAAAAGGGAUAGUAAAGAACAGAACCUAGAAAACACCAUAAAUAUAGAGAAUACCACCACCACCAAUGACACCUGUAAUAGUAACACCAGCACCCACUAUGAACGCAGUAAUAGUAGAUCGAAAUUUAGAAAAUCUCCUCGUUUGGAUUGUCACUCGCGCACUCGGUGCUAUUCACAUGAUCGUUUAAUGGAUCAUUCAAGAACAGAGCCGUUGACUUGGUUGCAACAGCAUCUUGUUCUAAAACAAACCAUUAAAACUUGCCACACCUAUCCAACUACAACAAUGAACUAUGAAAAUGCUACAACACAUCCAUGUCAUAGAUAUGACGACACGCCCUCUCCAUCAUGUUGCCAGGGUCAACAUGUCCUACGAGCCUGUUGUAAUAACAAAGAGUGUCUAAAGGAUGUGGAAAAACCAGCCACGAAAAAACCGGAGCAAGAUAAAAGCACCAAUACCGAGAGUAUGCAAGAGGAAAAGACUUUAUGUAAAAAGAAACCGGUAAAGGUUGAUAUCAAUGUAAGACUAGUGCCAAAAUCUUCAAAACGUGAGAAAUCAAAAUCAGCUGUUAAAAGUCAGUAUACUGUAAAUGUGGAAAAAGAAGAGCCUUUGGAGGCUGAAGCUUUGGCUGAUGAAAAUCCUCGGGUGGAUAUUCUUGAACUAGAUAAUCAAGAAAUUAGAACAGAAUUUUAAAUCCGGGAACGGAAAUAUCUUCAUUACAAUCCAAUGUUGAAUAUUUAACAAAUCGCAUGUUAAACAGUGAUCGUCUUGGUAAAUUAGAUAAUACACCAACAUCUUAUAAUAGUUUACCCUCAACAGCAGGC